GGGGCUCUGGGAUUUAGGUGCGGGGUGCUCCCAGCUCGAUUUUGCAUGCGGUCUCGCGCGCAUUAUUGCUGCCCGCGGCACGCCAGCGCCGCGACCGUUGACCGCGGUACGCUUGCUCGGCUGCCCGCGCGCCGCGACCGACGAGCCAUGGACCGCGAGGAGGCAACACACAAAAAGGCCCGCCUCGCACCCCCACCUACUAAGCAAGGCUGGUUGCACAAAAAAGGCGGCACGGCCCUCUCGGCAGAAAGGAAGCGCUGGUUCGUGCUGCAGGGGGCCGGUUCCGAGGCUACUUUGAGGUACUCCAAAGAAGUUAAUUCCGGACAUCGUGGUACUAUACGGUGUGAACAAAUAAGAGGCGUCGUGCAAGACGACAACACGCUGGAUAUCUAUACGCCUGACAGAACAUAUCAUGUCAGAGCAUCAUCGGAACAGAGCGCGGGCCAGUGGGCCACGGUCAUAAGGUGUGCCGCCGCGGGCGCCGAGGAGGUGGAAUCAUCGUCCUCAGACGAGGAGGAAGAGAACACGGGCAUUCCGUGGAUGAUCGACGGCGCCUGGGUCGACCAGCGCGCGCCCGCGCCGCUGCGGACCGUGGCGGCUUUAGGUAGUGUGCCGGACGGCGAGCACGCGGCCCACGUCCGACUGGCGGACGGGUCGACCCUUACCGCUGAUGUGACUGCUGGUGAACAAGUGGAGGUCGCGACGGCCGGGUCGUCGACGCUAGUCGCUGCGCUCGAGGACACGACGCCGCCACAACCGCCCUCAAUCUUGGGGACGGCCUGCGCGUCGGUGGCGUUGGGCCUGGUCGGUUCUGCUUUCGUGCCGCGCGCGGCGACGGCCGGGCUGCUGCUUGCCGGAGCGGCGGCGGCGUCGGUCAAGAGGAAACGAGACGCUCCGCAGAAACGGUACGACCUCGUGCUCACCACUCGACUAAACCCAGACGAGGAGCAGCCCCUCCGGAAGAGACGGCGGAGCGGCGAGCUAUUGGCGCGAAGACCGUCCUUAGUUGGCAUCCGGAGCCCAAACCCUCAACAGCGACGGCCGUCCUUAUUCUCCCCACAAAAAGCCAAGUGCCCCGACUUUAGUGGGACCUACGUCCUCGACCACGGCGCCUCCGAUAGUAAUGAUGAGAUGAUGGCGGCGCUGGGGGUCCCCUGGGUGGCGAGAAGGGCCAUCCGCGGCACGAAGCGCACGAUACACAUCGAGCACGACGGGGAUGUGUGGGACGAGACCACAGUCACGAAAUUUCGGACGAUGGAGGACCACUUCGAUUUGAGCGGCGGGUCGCUGGUCAAGAUUUCUCCUGUGGAUAAAUCCUCGUAUACGACGACUACAACAAUUCAGUCCGGAGCUAUUGUGACGGCCGUCGACUUUGGUGUACCGAACAAGUCCCAGGUCAUCACGCGGCGGUUGGAUGGAAAACGGUAUGUCGUGUUGAAUGAAUUGAGUUUGAAAGGGAGGGUGCUGAAGGUGCGGAGCGUGUUCAACCGCGUCGACGACCGUGUAGUAGGGGGGUAGUAAGUCUAUGCUGUA